AUGCAGUUGUCAUUGACCCUUGCGACCUCCGUUCUCGCCCUCCUCAACAUCGCCAGUGCCAAUUAUGCUGACACUUGCCCUGGCUAUGCUUAUAUCUCUGGAACCACCUUUUACACCCAAUGCUACAACGAUGCUGGACAGCUGGUCGAUGCCUCCAUCGACCUGAACAACUGUGUCGCGAACUACAACGGCCAACUUGCUUGCGUACAUGGAAAUGGCGGCUACAGCGCCUCCUGCAGCGGAUGCGAGAUAGUUCAACAACCCGAAUAUAUCGAAUGCGGGUGCGCUAAUGAGGACGGCGGUUACACUGAUUCGAUCGGAGACCUAGGUGAGCAUAAGUGCCUCGCUCGUCUGCGAGUACUGAAGCCAAGUGAUGUCGUUCGGUUAGGUACCUGCAUUGACAACCAGAACGGGGUGUUGGCAUGCUAA